AAUUAUGGUAUAGUGAUAUCUAUCUCUUCACUUCAACCCCCACCCACUUAGGAAUUACAAAUGACAGAAGGAGGAAUUUCCACGUGACCCACCCUAUAUUGUGGUUCUGCCCUUUUCCAAAUUCAUCCAAUAUGUUUCAAAUCUCUCACCAUAAAAAUAACAUUAAAAAAUUAAAAUAUUUCUCUCUAUAUAUAUAUUACAAAUUAAGCCCAUGAGUAGUCUCAACACAAUUCACAACCCCCUUUUCUCAAACAUCCACUUUGUCUCCCAUUCCCCCUUCCCAUGGCAGCAGAAUUCACAAGCCACUUCCCUGAGUUUCUUCUUAACAGCGACAACUUCCCCGACAUGUUCUUUCACGGCAGCGAAAUACUACCUAUGAUUUACACUCAUCAAGAACAUCCUGAAUUUUCGGAGAUCUUAGAAGAAACAAACCCGCGAUUAAUGUUCUCAGAUUCGUCGGAUCAGAAGAUGUCGGCAGCUGCAAGUAGCUGUGGAGAUUCAAAUGAAAAUAUUAUAAAGAGAGGAGUAAAUGUAAUAUCAAUAAAACUCUAUAAUUUAUUUGAUUAAUCUUUUUACCUAACAUAUUAAAGUGGGAGUUUAUAAUAAUGAUAUAUGGGAUAUUGUGUUACAUUUUUUAACUAUAAGAAAAUUGAGCUAGAAAAUAAUUAUUGAAUUAUAUGUGAAUUUAAUGCAGAGUUAUUCAGGAAGAGGGAAGAGGGCAAGGAAUUAUGAUAAAGAAAGUGAAGUGGUUCAUGUAAGGGCAAGAAGGGGUCAGGCAACUGAUAAACACAGCUUGGCUGAAAGGGUUAGAAGAGGCAAAAUCAAUGAAAAACUAAAAUGCCUACAAGACAUUGUGCCCGGGUGUUACAAAACUAUGGGAAUGUCAGUGAUGUUGGAUGAGACUAUUAACUAUGUCCAGUCCUUGCAAAGUCAAGUUGAGUUUUUAUCGAUGAAGCUGACUACGGCAAGCACAUUUCAUGACUUCAAUUCCGAGCUAGAUUUCGUCGAUAGUCCAUGUGCGCUUAUUCCAUCGAGCACUCUUUACAAUUGGAGCGAAACUUAAGAUUUCUGUAGAGUUACAAUAUAAUUGGGUGGUUGAAAGCAUUAGAUGGGGAUAUGGAUGAUUUAUAGGGUUGGAUAAUGAUUCUUGUAAUAAAAAAAAUAGAUGUGGGUGAAAUAAUUUGAAACGCGAUAAUUGAAGAGAGUUGGAAAGAGAUCGACACAUGAUUUCUUUAAAUCGGGAUAUGACUUCUCCACCAACCACAAUAUCACAAUAGUUAUUGGUGACAAUUACAUGAGGGAUUUUUUUUUCCUCUAAUUUUAACAUAAGAAUCAAAUAUUUGAUUGAUAUUUGAAUUUAGUUUAGCAAAUUUGUAUCUUUCCUUCAAUAUCCAAAGCAAUGAAGUGUGAUUUGUUUGUACUUA